AUGUCUCAAGAUAUUGUUAAUAGUGUUGAUAAUUUAAUCAACGAAUUAAACGGAUUUGGUAGAUACCAAAUUUUAAAUUUAUUUUUAACAAGUUUAACAGCGUUAUUGAUUGGAAUUUCGACAUAUAAUUUUGUGUUUGUUACUGGUAUUCCCGAGUACAGAUGUCGAGUUCCAAUAUGUGAUGAUGAUAUCGUCGUGGAAUACACACCAAUUUGGUUACCAAAUGCUGUUCCAUAUGAUAAUGAAUUUCCACAGCUUUGUAAGCGUUAUGCUUUACGAAAUGAUUCUGGAACUUUUGCAAAAGAUGCUAAUUGUUCUAAUGAAUUAUUUAACAAAAAUGAAACUAUCCAUUGUGAUUUUGAAAAUUUGGUAUUCCCUGAUCGUCAUACUACAAUUGUGAAUGACUUGAACAUUUUCUGUGAAGAUCACCAGUGGAAAUUAUCUUUGAUUGGUACAUUUAGUUCAGUCGGAGUAGUCAUAGGUGGGCCGAUCACUGGAUACAUCUCAGACAGAUAUGGAAGGAAAAAAAUUUUAAUUGUUGCUGUCGUUUUCACUUCAUUAUUUGGUGUUGCAAAAUCAUUUGCAGAAAGUUUAGAAGCAUACAUAGUUAUGGAUGUCUUAGAAACAAUUAAUGGAAAUACAAUAUUCAGUACAGCAUUUAUUAUUGGAAUAGAAUUAGUUGGACCUGCAUAUAGACUAACGGCGGCCACUAGUUACAAUGUGUGUAUGUCACUUGGUGAAAUAAUCCUUGGUACUGUUGCAUGGUAUGUGAAUUCUUGGCGUACAUUAUUGCGUGUUUUGUACAUACCAGGAUUGAUAGCUAUAUCUUAUUGGUGGAUAAUACCAGAAUCAAUACGCUGGUUAAUUUGUAUGAAAAAAUUUGAUGAAAUUUACAUUAUACUAGGAAAAAUGUCCAAACAAAAUAAUCGUCCUCUACCCGAAAAUUAUAAAACGUUUUUGAAAGAUGAAGACUCUACAAACAGCGAUACAAAUAUUAAAACUGUGUUAAAAAAUCGUACAAUAUGCUUAAGGUUUAUUAAUUGUUGUUUAAUAAUUCUGGCAAAUUACAUAAUAUUCCCUGGUUUAUCUUUAAGUUCCGUAACGUUAUCUGGAAAUAAAUAUAUAAAUUUUAUUAUAACAUCGACAGUUGAAAUCCCCGGUAAUAUAUUAUGCGCCAUCUGCCUAAUGCGUUUUAGUCGAAGAUUAACUGCGGGUGUAUCAUAUUUUAUGACAGGGAUAUUCUGCAUAUUACUUUAUUUUAUUGAUGGAAAAAACUAUGUCGGAAUUAUUAUUUAUACUUGCGGUAAGCUUAUGGCAACCAUUGCUUCUCAUACAAUGUUGAUUUUUAUAACAGAAUUAUUUCCAACGGCAGUUCGGCAAUCACUUUUUAAUAUAAGUGCAGCAGUAGGAGGUGUUGGAAGUAUGAUAGCACCGCAAAUACCGUUGUUGGCUUUCAUAUGGAAUCCAUUACCAAUUCUAACAUUUGGUUUUUUUGCACUACUUGCAAGUAUUUUAACUGCAUUACUGCCGGAAACAUAUAACAAAGAAUUACCAAAUACAAUUACAGAUUCCGAAAUUAUAGAUAAAAAUAUAACGACUGAAUUAUAG